UGACAUGGGGAACAGAGGGGAGUGUGGGAGGUAGAGCAGGAUGGGUCUGACACAGGGAGGCGCUGUCUGGGGUGGGAGGCAGGCUGGGAGUCUUGACACAGCGCAGCCCUGUGCUUGCAGGAUCAAGUUCCCAGUGAACACUGAAGAGCUGUGUGGCCCAUGAGUUCUCUUUAACACUGGUCACGUCUACACCAAGAAAAAGCAUCACAGGUCAGUAGCUCACUUUUAUUUUUUUGUAAAAGAACACAAAGGCUCCAGUCCAAUCUGUGCUUACACCAUCAAGGAAUCCCACUGGAAUCACUGGGGACAUGAAUGGGUGCAGGGUUCCUUUCAAGUGGAUCAGGUUGCAGAAUCAGGCCCAUAGUGUGAGGACAAGAAAUCUUAGGCAAGUGAAGUCUGAUCUUGCCUGGUUUUGAUGGAGGACUUUCAUGGAGGUUUCAGAAAAGGCCUUGAUUGUUUUGUCCGAAAUCAAAGAUGGAAAUAUACACCUGAGGAAAAAAACAUUUUAAAUCUGCUUUGUCUGUAUUCAUAUGGAUGAAUCCAGGAUGUUCCAAGAAAACACAUCUGAUAAUUACUUGAAUUCGGUAGCCCUAAUUUGUGAAGAUGAUGCUUUCCAAAAGAAAGGGCACAGUGCAAGGACCCUUAGCCCUGAAGAAGCUGAAAAACUGGCAAGAGAUCAAGCCUUGGUGUCUGACUUUAAAAAACUGAAACUGGAGAAAGAUGCACAGAAGAACUGGGAUCUUUUUUACAAAAGAAACAGCACAAACUUCUUUAAAGACAGGCAUUGGACAACUAGGGAGUUUGAAGAUUUAAAAGCAUGCCGGGAGUUUGAAGAUCAGAAACUGACCAUUCUUGAAGCAGGCUGUGGGGUUGGAAAUUGCUUGUUUCCACUUUUAGAAGAGGACUUGAAUAUCUUUGCAUAUGCCUGUGAUUUCUCUCCAAGAGCUGUUGAGUAUGUGAAGAAGAACGCUUUAUAUAAUAUUGAGAGAUGUAAAGUAUUCCAAUGUGAUCUGACCAAAGAUGACCUUCUGGAAAAUAUACCAGCAGAUUCUGUGGAUGUUGCCACAUUAAUAUUUGUGCUUUCUGCCAUUCACCCUGACAAGAUGCACCUUGCUUUGCAAAAUAUUUAUAAGGUAUUAAAACCAGGCAAAUGUGUCUUAUUUAGAGACUAUGGGCUCUAUGAUCAUGCAAUGCUUAGGUUUAAAUCUGGCAGCAAACUUGGAGAAAACUUUUAUGUUAGACAAGAUGGAACAAGAUCAUAUUUCUUUACUGAUGAGUUCUUGUCUCAUCUCUUUAUGGCUGUAGGAUAUGAGCAAGUGGUCAAUGAGUAUGUGCUACGAGAAACUGUGAAUAGGAAAGAAGGCCUGCGUGUUCCAAGGGUUUUUCUUCAGAGCAAAUUUCGAAAGCCUCUAAGUGAAGCAUGAGUAUUUGCUAAUGAGCCACAGAAAUGCUUGUUUAAAUGGGGUGGUGAGGGGGGGGGGGGGGGAAUCUAGUAUCAUGUUUUCCCUUGGCUGUACUAUCCUGGAGUCUGCUAAACCAGAAUGACAGAAUCAUGUUUUCCAGAACCUUCUGUUGUUUUUAAUCCUUGGGUACAGAAGACAAAAGUGACUAUUAGAAUACAAUUUUAAGAUAGGAUAAAGGUACAUAUAUACAAGCAACCUCUUUGAGUGCCUAAAUUUCCCCUUUUUAAAGUAAAUUCUAUGCACUAUUGUUAGAGGCUCUUGUGUGAUUUUAAUAUAAAAAUGGUUUAAAUAAGACAGUCUGUUUUUAAAUAAUUCUCCAAGGAUUUUGCAUAGGAUUGUAAUUUUCAUUAAGGAAAGUAUGUUGUUGAGCAUAAACACGCUAAAUGUUAAUUAUAAACCACUGUUUCCACUAGUUGCAAGAAUGGAUUAGUGUUGUGUCCCUUCUCUUUCAUAUUAAAACUAUUUUAUAUUUCUGCUAAUGGA